AUGGUCAACUCCUGUUGUGGCUCUGUCUGCUCUGAGGAGGGCUGUGGCCAAAGCUGCUGCCAGCCCAGCUGCUGCCGCCCCAGCUGCUGUGUGUCCAGCUGCUGCCAGCCCAGCUGCUGCAGGCCCACCUGCUGUGUGUCCAGCUGCUGCAGGCCCAGCUGCUGUGUGUCCAGCUGCUGCAGACCAUCUUGCUGCAUCUCCAGCUGCUGCCGCCCCUGCUGUGGCAGUUCCAGCUGUUGUGGAUCCAGCUGCUGCCGCCCCAGCUGCUGCAUUCCUAGCUGCUGCAGGCCUUCCUGCUGCCGCCCCAGCUGCUGUGUGUCCAGCUGCUGCAGGCCCUCUUGCUGCAUCUCCAGCUGCUGCCGCCCCUGCUGUAGCAGUUCCAGCUGUUGUGGAUCCAGCUGCUGCCGCCCCAUCUGUUGCAUUUCUAGCUGCUGCCGUCCCAGCUGUUGCCAGACCACCUGCUGCCGCCCCAGCUGUUGUGUGUCCAGCUGCUGCAGGCCUCAGUGCUGCAUCUCCAGCUGCUGCUGCCCCAGCUGUUGCCAGACCAGCUGCUGCCGCCCAGCAUGCUCUAGCAGUUCUUGCUGCUGA